AGGGUUGAGAUAGACAACAGACUGUGCAGGACGAGUGAGUCACGCUGUGGAGGAGAGGAGAUCGUUCAGGAUGCCGGAGCCAGUCAAAAAAAAUGUUUCAGCAUUUGCCAAGAAACCAAAGACUCAGGAGGCAGAGGAGGGGUCCUCUGUGGUGUUUGAAGCAGAGACCGAGAAGCCUGAUGCUAAAGUAAAAUGGCAGUGCAACUCAAAGGACAUCUCAAGCGGCGACAAAUUCAUAAUCACAGCCGACGGAAACAAGCACUCCAUCACUAUAAAAUAUAUAACCAAGGAGGACGCCAAUGUCUAUGCAGUGAUUGCUGGGGGGUCAAAGGUCAAGUUUGAGCUGAAGGUCCUAUCAAAGCCAGCUCCAGCUGGGGCCACUACUGAUGCACCUGGAAAGACAAUUGUCGAACCAGAACAGGCCCCUGCUCCUCCUGCAGCAGCACCCGACGGGACAGAGACCACGCCACCAGCUAACGAUGCCCCUCUGGCAAACGCUGCUCCGCCUGCAAAUGACGCUGCACCAGCCAAUGACGCUCCUCAAGCUGAGGACGAACAGACUCCAGACACCAGACAGGACCUGAUUGGACUCUUCACAGAGAAACCUCAGAGCGGAGAAGUCACUGUAGGUGGAAACAUCACAUUUGUGGCUAAAGUGAACGCUGGGUCAUUGCUGAAGAAACCAACUGUUAAAUGGUUCAAAGGGAAGUGGAUGGACCUCGCCAGCAAGUCUGGAAAACACCUGCAGCUGAAGGAAACGUGCGACCGCAACACUAAGGUCUACACAUUUGAGAUGCUCAUCAUCGCAGCCAAGGCAAACUUUGCCGGAGGUUACAGAUGUGAGGUUUCAUCCAGGGACAAGUUUGACAGCUGCAAUUUUGAAUUGAGUGUACAUGAGGCGAAUGCUGUUGAGGGAUUUGACAUAAGAACAGCAUUUAGGCGCACUAGCACUGAUGGAAAAGAAGACUCAGGAGAGCUGGACUUCAGCACCUUAUUAAAGAAGAGAGACAGUUUCUUAAAAUCCUCAAAUCGAGCCGUGCAGGUGAACACGGAGCCUGACCUGGACGUGUGGAAUAUUCUCAGCCAGGCUCCUGCCUCAGAAUUUGAGAAGAUUGCUUUUCAGUACGGCAUCACCGACCUGAGGGGCAUGCUGAAGCGACUGAAGAAGAUGAAAAAAGAAGAGAAGAAAAGUGCAGCUUUCCAGAAAAAGUUGGAUCCUGCCUACCAAGUGACAAAGGGGCACAAAAUAAAACUUGCAGUGGAGGUCGCCAAUUCAGAUGUUGAUGUGAAAUGGCUGAAGAACGGGCAGGAAAUCCAUCCGACUGGAAGCAAGUACAUAUUUGAGAGUGUUGGCAACAUGCGCUACCUCACCAUCAACCACUGCUCGCUGGCAGAUGAUGCUGCGUAUUGCUGUGUGGUGGGGGAGGAGAAGAGCACCACCGAGCUCUUUGUUAAAGAGCCUCCAAUUCUGAUCGUGAAGAAUCUUGAGGAUCAGAUGGUCAUGAAUGGUGAGCGGGUGGAGUUGGAGUGUGAAGUCUCAGAAGAAGGAGCCAAUGUUAAAUGGGAGAAAGACGGUGUGGAACUGACGAGAGACGAGUCCUUCAAGUAUCGCUUCAAGAAAGAUGGCUGCAAACACAUUCUGAUCAUUAACGAGGCCUCCAAGGAAGACUGUGGCCACUACAAGGUUAAAACAAACGGCGGAGAGUCGAUGGCUGAACUCAUGGUGCAGGAGAAAGAGCUGGAGGUCUACCAGAGCAUCGCAGACCUCACGGUGAAGGCCAAGGAUGAGGCGGUUUUCAAGUGUGAGGUGUCGGAUGAGAACGUGAGGGGGACCUGGUUUAAAAAUGGUAAAGAGGUCAAGCCUGACGCCAGAAUAAAUAUCACACAUAUCGGAAGGAUCCACAAACUGACCAUUGACGAGGUAAAACCAGAGGAUGAGGGGGACUACACUUUUGUGCCAGAUGGCUACGCUUUCAACCUUUCUGCCAAACUCAAUUUCUUGGAGGUGAAGAUCGAUUACGUGCCGCGCCAAGAUCCUCCCAAGAUCCACCUGGAUUGUAUGGGUCGUACCGCUGAGUCAACCAUCGUGGUGGUGGCUGGAAACAAACUGCGUCUGGACGUCCCCAUCACUGGCGACCCUGCACCCACAGUGGUCUGGACCAAAGGAGAGAAGGUCCUCACAGAGGGAGACAGCAGGGUCCAUGUUGAUACCACUAAAGGCCACUGUGUCUUCACCAUUGAGGGGGCUGAGCGUCAGGACGAGGGCAUCUACUCUGUUGUGGUCCGAAACCCUGCAGGGGAGGACACUGCAGAUAUCAAUGUGAAAGUUGUUGAUGUUCCAGAUCCUCCCCAGGCUCCCAGAAUCCUCAGCGUGGGAGAGGACUCGUGUGUUGUUCAGUGGGAUCCCCCUGCUUUUGAUGGUGGACAGCCAAUCAUUGGCUAUGUGCUGGAGAGAAAGAAGACAAAGGGCUACAGGUGGAUGAGGCUGAACUUUGACCCAUACCCUGAAACCACCUAUGAAGCCAAGAGGAUGAUAGAAGGAAUGCCGUAUGAAAUGCGAGUGUAUGCCGUCAACAGCAUCGGCAUGUCUCGUCACAGUCUGGCCUCACAGCCGUUUGUGCCAGUGGCCCCCACGAGUGAGCCCAUCGGACUAUGUGUUGACGACAUCAGUGACACUUCUAUAUCGCUGAAGUGGCGGCCGCCUGAGAGGAUCGGCUCGGCUGAACUCGAGGGUUAUGGGGUUGAGUACUGCAAGGAGGGCACUGAUGAGUGGAUACCAGCCAUGGAGGGUCUGACUGACAGGACAUCACUGAUCGUCAGGGGUCUCACCACCGGGGACAAGCUGCAGUUCCGUGUUCGAGCCUUCAACAUGGCGGGACCCAGCGCUCCCUCCACCCUGGCUAAUCCCGUCACCAUCAGAGAGAUUAUGCAGCGCCCCAAAAUUUGGCUUCCCAGAAAUCUCCGCCAGACUCUCAUCAAGAAAGUUGGAGACACAGUCAACCUUAUGAUUCCAUUCCAGGGGAAGCCAAGGCCAAAGGUUACAUGGAGCAAAGACGGGGAGCCUCUAAAUGCUACAUUCGCUAAUGUGAGGAACAGCGACCUAGACACGAUCCUCUUCAUCCGCAAGACGGAGAGAAAACACUCGGGGAAGUAUGAUCUCCACGUGCAGAUUGAAAACGUGGAAGACACAGCAAGUAUCAAUCUGCAGAUUGUUGAUCUCCCCGGGCCUCCUGAGGCUCUGAAGAUCAUGGAUAUCUGGGGCUUCAAUGUGGCGCUUGAGUGGAAACCGCCUAAAGAUGAUGGUAACUGUGAAAUCACUGGUUACACUGUUCAGAAAGCUGACAAGAAAACCAUGGAGUGGUUUACAGUCUUCGAUCAGUACAGGCGAACAAACUGCAUUGCGUCUGACCUCAUCAUGGGGAAUGAGUACAUCUUCCGCGCCUUUGCCAACAACCUGGUGGGCCUCAGCUCCGAGGCCUGCGAAACAAAGGACAGCGCUUACAUCCAGAAAACAGGUAUCGAGUACAAGCCGCCCAGCUACAAGGACCCUGACUUCACAGAGGCUCCCAAAUUCACACAUCCUCUAGUGAACCGUUCUGUCAUUGCGGGAUACAACGCAACGCUCAGCUGCUCAGUCAGAGGCAUACCAAAGCCCAAAGUGACCUGGUACAAAAACAAGAUGGACAUCACCAAUGAAGCCAAGUACCGAAUGCUCAGUAAGCAAGGCAUCCUGACACUGGAGAUACGUAAGCCCUGUACCUUCGACGGAGGGGUGUAUACGUGCAAAGCUGUCAACAACAGCGGAGAGGACGUAGUGGAGUGUAAACUGGAGGUUCGCCCUCAAAUUGCUAAAGAAGAAAAGAAGGCUGAAAGUAAAGAGGCUUGAGCUGCCGACUGAGGAGAAGGUCGAUCUGUUUCCAGCAAGUUGACUCCUGAACGUCGUCUGUUUUGUGUCAUGAGAAACUUUUCACCAGUGUCUUCACCUGUUUGUGUUUGCACCACAUCUCUCAUCUUCAACAUCCUGCAUUAAGUCAUCCUCACUGUUAUGUUCCCAUUAUGUGAACCACUGACUGGGCUCAUGGUGAAAGUAUUUAUGUAUUAUUUAAAAAAAAAAAAGAAGAAAACUAUGGUUUGUCACUUGAUUUCUCUGUCAUUUCAAAAACUAGAUCGAGUAAAUACUGUGUAGAAAUAUGGAUAAUAGACAACGGCAAUGUUAAUGAGUUGUCAUCCUUGGAUUAUGUUUGUGUGAUUGAUUGA